AUGUGUGGAAUAUGUUGUACUGUCAGUUUAUGUGCUCAUGUGGACACAUCUUUUUAUCAGGAAAACAUGAAGCUAAAACGAAGAGGCCCCAAUAGCAGCCAGCAACUAAUUAGAAGUGACCCCACCCACCAUUACAGUUGUUUCUUUUCUGGGCAUGUACUUCAUCUAAGAGGAGAGCUGACUCCACAGCCUCUGCAGGAUGAAAACGGCAAUAUUUUUCUAUGGAAUGGAGAAGUUUUUGGAGGAAUUGAUAUUUUGUCUACAACGAACGAUACCUUUGUAAUGUUUCAGCAUUUAACUUCUUGUGAUAAUGUGCAUGACUUAUUGUCAAUCUUCUCUAAGGUGCAGGGACCUUGGGCUUUUAUUUACUAUCAAAGCAAAAAUCACAGCCUCUGGUUUGGAAGAGAUUAUUUUGGUCGGAGAAGUCUUUUGUGGAAAUUUAGUGAUAAUCUGGAAGAAAUCUUGAGUUUGACUUCCGUGGCAGAAUCCCUAACUGAUAAUGAUCAUUGGCAGGAAGUCCCAGCAUCAGGGAUUUUCAGGUGUGACCUGAGUACAUGUGCACUGUUAAAAUCUAUAUCACUGACCUGGUAUCCAUGGGUAUCUGUAUCAGGCAUGCAGCUUGGUGAAGCAACAGUACACGACGAGGAACAAAAAUGGAUUUUAAACACCCUUCCAAAAUGUGUAACUCAACUAACUAUUGGAAGUAAUGGACUCCUUGUGCCAGUUUCUGAAUUGAACACAGACAUUCCUGAAACAUUUUCUGAGCAGAAAUGCAAAACCACUUGUAAGAAAGUAAAUUUAGAAGAACUUAAAUUGCUGAUUUCUGAAGAACACAAGAAAAAUAUUCAGUUGUUUGUAAAUGUUUUUAAGUGAAGCUGUGCUGAAACGAGUUCUGAACCUCCCACGCUUAAAUGAGUCUUUGUGUCCAGCACUUGAAAAGCAAGCAAAUGUUGCAAUACUUUUUUCUGGUGGAAUUGACUCCAUCAUUUUAGCUGCCCUUGCAGAUCGCCAUGUUCCAACUGAGGAACCCAUUGACCUUUUAAAUGUAGCUUUUAUGAUGAGGACCCCAAAUCAGCAGAAGGGACCUUUGAAAAAAUGCAGUCGAGGGAAGAUUCCAAAUUCUACAAAUCAGAGGAAACCAUUCCAAUCCUGAUGCUUUGGCGAUAGAUCCCUUUAAUGUCCCUGAUAGAAUAACAGGCAGAUCUGGUUUGGAGGAGCUUAAAGCCUUGAGUCCAAUGAGAAUAUGGAAUUUUUGUAGAAAUCAAUGUCACUCCGGAGGAACUGAAGCAAAUGAGGCAAGAGUACAUAUCUCAGUUGAUCUAUCCAUUGAACACGGUACUUGAUGAUAGCAUUGGCUGUGCUGUUUGGUUUGCUUCUAGAGGAAUAGGUAUGCUGCAAAUUAAUGGAGAAUUAAGACCCUACAACAGCACUUCUAAGGUUGUGCUGACUGGUAUUGGUGCAGAUGAACAGCUUGGUGGUUACUCUCGUCAUAAAGUCAAAUUCAAUAUGCUGGGAUACAAGGGUCUUCUUGAGGAGCUAAGUAUGGAAUUGGGACGCAUCUCCUCUAGAAACCUUGGGCGAGAUGACAGAGUUAUUGGUGACCAUGGCAAAGAAGCAAGAUUUCCAUACCUUGAUGAAAAUGUGGUCUCAUUCUUAAACUCUUUGCCGAUUUCAAACAAAGUAGACUUAACUUUGCCCAGAGGACUUGGUGAAAAAUUAAUUUUGCGCAUGGCAGCUGUAAGUUUAGGACUUGGUAACUCUUCAGUCCUGCCAAAAAGAGCAAUGCAGUUUGGAUCCAGGAUUGCAAAAAUGGAAACCGGUAACGAAAAAGCUUCAGACAAAUGCAACAGACUGCAGACAGAAAUAAUUGACUGA